CAUGUACAUGUAGGACUGCCGGAAUGGGUGUGUGUGGGAAUAUUACGUCAUAUUGUAAUUUUGACACAGAGACACAAAGAAGGGAGUGGUGAUCUCGAGUUAUGAGAAUGCACAGACAUUCAAAGAAACGGAGGAAGCAGAAGUGUGUGAGCUCUCGUAAGAUGAUGAAGCUGAAAAUGUAUUCCCAGUCUGGAAAUCCUGCAAUAACAAAAUUACGGGACCACACAAACAUGGAUGUUCACCUAGCUCGUCUCUGAUAUCAAAGCCAUGGGCUUUACUAGAUUCCGGUGGAUCUGCACUUUUGUUGGACUGGUCUUCUCUGUGGUGGAUAUCGCAUCGGAUUUCCUUCUGAGCUUGCAAUAUUUCAGGGAAGGACACUACACCUGGUUUGCACUGACACUCAUAUUUAUUCUCAUCGGAUCUCUGUGCACACAGAUUUUCAGCUACUCUUGGUUUAGGGAUGAUUAUAAUGACGACGAGGAGACACAUACAUAUGCAACUCAUAUGGGCUUGCUCCAUCUGUUACACCUAGGCUUCUUCACCAGGUACUAUGAUCUGCUGAAGAGGAGCUUUAGUUGUGUAUGGAGGGCACGCUCCAGGUCGAGUAAUGAGAUGGAGCUGUUUGGGUUGGCGGCUGAUCUGAGCAUGCUGCGGCUGAUGGAGACAUUUCUGGAGAGCGUUCCUCAGCUUCUCUUGCAGACAUACAUCAUGCUGCAGCACCAACGCACCUCCAAACUACAGUAUCUUAGCAUGGUCGUAUCCUUCCUAAAUGUAGCCUGGAGCACAGUGGAUUACUGGCGCUGUUUACGCAGAUCGCUCCCCAACACCGAAGAAAUGCCACGUGGAAUUCCUACAGCCAUCUACCUGUUUUAUAAAAUCUUAACAAUCACCGCCCGCAUUCUGAGCCUCGCUCUGUUCAUCAUGCUGACUCCCUAUAGCAUCUUGGUGUUAUUUUUCAUGUGGCUAAUAAUGACCUGGGGGGCUCACGUGGUAAAAACUAAUUUCUGCACAUCGCUGUGUUUGGAGGAGCUUUAUCGCAGCGUCGUCGGGGUCAUUCUCAUCUUCACCUUUUUCAACAUAAAAGGAAAGAAAACCAAAAAAGAAAUGAGCAUAUAUUACAUGAUUGUCACGCUGCAUAACUUCUUAGCUCCUGUUCUCCUGUUCCUGGUCAUACCGAGGACUGCAGAAUCAGACUUCUUUUUACCCGUAACAGUUUUCAUAUUAUUAUCUAAUACAAUGGGACUGGGAUUCCUGAUCCUCUACUACAGUGCUUUACACCCGCGGAAUCAAAACGAGUCAGAUGCAGUGGAUGGAAUGGUCACAGUGAACACAAAUAAUUCCUACACUACAAGUCGUUCAGACAGAUUUUUAAGACUCUAACAACUUGAGGAUGAUGUUUCAAGUCUCAGGGAAGCUAAAUUUGUUUUUAAGUUAAUGUUUGUCUUGUAUGCACAAAGUCUAGGUAAUAUUCAGAGUUCCUAAUGUUUACAACGUGUACAAACUCUUAACCAGAAGUACUCUCUUUUUCAUGUAAAGUGGCUGAACUUUUCCCACAGAGCUUUUAUCAAAACUGCACAUUCCUCCUUAAACUGUGUUUUUGAAUGUGUUUGGGUCAAACACAAAACUAAUCUAUUGAAAACUAGAGCAAAGCCAGCAAGCAAGUGAAAACUAACCCAGCAAGUACAAGCAAGCCUAGCAAAUGUAGCAAGCAAAAGCAAACUAGUGAGCAAAAGCUACCUUUGCAAGCUAACCUAGCAAGCAAAAGUUAACCUAGUGAGUGAAAGCUUACCUCUUUAAUGCAUAAUGCAUAACAGAGUGUUGGUUUUAAAGGCCAGCACCUGUACGGAGGAAUCAAGCUGUACAUCAUCAUCAUCGUCAUCAUCAUAAUCAACUUUGGGGAAAAAAACUCCACCAUUAAAAUCUUUUUUAUAGAUUUUAAUGGUGGAGGUAUAUAUAAAUACCUAAAUACCUUAUAAAUACCUAACCUUAACCCAUAACCUACUAAUACAUACGUUUGGUUAUUAUAGAAACAAAUUACUAUUUUCCAUUGUGUUUCAUUGUGCUCUCUGGGAUAUAAAAGUAUUCUUUUCACAUUAAAGUACAUGAAUAUCAAAAGCAAUAUAAGCUAGAAAAGAUCCAUAUCAUCCUACUUGUGGAAGCUGGUUUUGCUGAUUUUGUAACACAGGUAAAAGACUGAACUCUUAGGACUACUGAAGGAUUAUUAUGAAAAUUAUGAAACACUGAAGCACUUUACUUAAAGCUGAACCUUAUCACUUAACAUUUUUCCAAACUAAAUACACUUUGAUUUACACACGUUGAUUGCUGUAAGCAUAGCUGUAAAUGCGAUUUUCCAGAAACUCUACUCAAAUCUUUCAACACGCUCAAACAUUCACACAUGUUUAUCUCAUAUCAUAAGCAUGAACAAAUGUAUUUAUUUUUACAUGGUGCACUCUUGAUAUCACUUUAAUAUAAAAUAAAUUAUGUAUAUCAUGUCUUAUAAUUUUAAAUUUAAUAAAAUUAAAUUCUAGUGAGAAGAUGAUUUGUACCUGUCCAACACCAAUAACCAGGAAAAAACCACCAGGUGGUGCUAUGCUUCAAAAAUAUGUACUACAACCACUUUCCUUGGAAAAGCUGUUAAAUCUUAUAUUAACUUAUAUGAAUAAACAUUUUAAACCUAUUUGCACAGAGAUAUUAUUAUUUAUACUGCAAUUUUAC